AUGCUGGCCAUCGCGAUCCCCCUCUUCCUCAGUCUACGACUGCCGAAGAAGCAAAAGCUCAUCCUGCUGUUCGUCUUCGGGAUGGGCAUCUUCGUGGUGAUCGCGGCGGUGCUGACCAAGCUCUACUGCCUGGUCCCCUGGCUGAUAUCCUACGUCUACAUGAACUGGUACCUGCGCGAGGCCACCGUGGGCAUCCUGGUGACCUGUCUGCCCAUGACCUGGUCCUUACUUCGAGACCUUUUCCCCAUGCUCACCAAGUGGGCAUCUGCCACCUCUGGCCUGUCCGGGACUACCACCUCGUCUGGGACCACUCGGUAUGGAUACGGCGGCAGUCGUAGUUACGGCCGCAACCCGCGAAGUAACAACUCGAACAAGACGGCCUCCUGCCGCCUGCCGUCGUGGUGCUCCUCUUUCCACCAGCACAAGGACCACAUGCAGCUGGACGACUUUAACCAGUGGCGCUCCGGCCUGCAGCACCUCCCCACCAUCGACGACAGCCCCAAGGACGAUGCACAGCCCCGGGUGCCCGUCUGA